UAUUUUUUAUAAAUAAAUAAAAUUACCAUAUGUAAAAAAAAUGCUCAGAAUCUGAAAUGUGGGAGGAAGCAAGGAAGCAAGAAAAAAAAAUUAAAGGGAUCAUGGUUGAUGUUAGAAAAAGGGCUGAAAGGAGGAGGGGCUUUUAUGACAAAAUUAAAGCGGAUCCGGUACAAUUUUUACAAGUCCAUGGCAGACGUGGAAAGAUAAACAUUGAUUAUUCAAUUGCACAAGCUGCUGAAAAUCCUUCUAACAUGAUGCCUUGGUUAGGAGAUACUUCAAAUAUGAUUGAUAGAUUUGAUGUUAGAUCCCAUUUAGAUGAAAUUAAUGAAAACAUUUCUAUAGAUAUAAAAAACCUCCAUACACAAAUUGAAAUGGUAGAAGAAAGAAAAAGCAAUUAUGAAAGAUAUAGAGUUUUGGUGCAUUUAAAUUCAUUAGGAAUAACUCAGUCUCAACAUUUGCAACAAAUAAAAAACGAGGAAGAUUUUACUGAGCUUAAAAUCUUAGAAGAAGGAAAAAAAAGAGUUUUAGAUGAGAAAAAAAAGAAAAAACAGAAAACCGCUGCUAUCGGCUAUGUGUAUUCGGACGACGAAAACGCCAACGGAAAUAUGAUCAAGGUUCCUUACAAUAACGUAAACAAAAAUGUUUCUUAUAAAACGGCUCACCCGCGCCUUAAAUCGUCUCGCGAUACCGCCUCCUCUUCCGACGACGAUCCGGAGGACUUGAGGAAGAUUGAAGAUGAGAUAUACACCAAUGGAAUAGAGUCAAAAUUUGAUUUGGAAAAAAUAUCUAUUGUCGAAGUGCAAAAACUUGGCGCCAUUUCAACUAACUAUGGGAUAGUUCCUAUAGAUUUUAUACAAAUGGUGCAGCAAGAGAAAGAAGACAAAGCUGUAUCGCGGCUGAGUAGGGAGAUGGAAGAAGAAAAGGCUCUGUUCUCAGGCAAAAAAGGCCGAAAGGAAAGAAGGUUGCUUAAAGAAAAAUGGAAAACACGAAGAGCUUCGCCCCCUAUUUACGAAUCAUCGCGACACAGCCCUAACCACGAAAACGAUAAAUCAAAAUCGAAAAGUCCCAUUGUUGGAGCGGAAGAAAUUGCUGACCGGAUAACUUAUAUCACCAGUUUUGGUGCGGCGGAUGAAUACGACUCCUUAAAUAUGGCCGCUGCUACGUGUUUACCCGACAAAGAGGGGCGUCAUAGAGAAGAAAAAAAAGAGAGAAUCCACGCAAGAGGAUUCGGGAGAAACAUAAUAGAAGAGAAUUCACUUCGUUCCUCUAAAGAAAGACAUUCGUCCAAAAAAUAUCUCGAAAGUGAUAGAAAGAGAGGUUCCAGGAGUGAUCAUAAGAAGCACCGUUCACGGGAAAGGAGAAGAAAAAUGUCGAGAUCCAGGAGUAAAGAAAGGAGAUAUAGAGAUAGGGAUAAGAGAGAAAGGAAAGCAGCAUAUUUGAUGGAUGACGUGAAGCGAAAAGGAUAUAAAUCUAGAGGACACGAAGUCGAUAAAAGUGGGAGUUCUUAUACCUCCUAUUCAUCUUCGGACGAUCUCAAAGAUAUCAAAAGGCGUAAACGUGACACGAGAAGAGAUUUAUCGCACAAAAACUUUCGCACUCACGGAUCUCGGUCUAACCAUUCGAAAAACGACAUAAAACUCUCGACUAAAGACGCGGGAAAUCAUAAAACAGCUGCAUCGUCAACCAAGCAAAAAGUCGCGGUUGGCGAUAAUGUCUACCCGAUGCUCAAGUCGGAAACUAUUUCGGUAUCACCGAACAACGUUACCAAAUUUGAAUUUUCUGAGCGUCCGGUUCCUAAUCUAGAAGUUUGCAAAAGAAAACAUAGACGAGAUAGUUUGUCCUCGUCUUAUUCCUCCUCCUCUGAUUCCGCGAAAGCAUCCGUAAAACGCGACGAAUCGGACGACGAACAAAGCGAUUCAUCUUCUUGCAGCAGUAGUAGUUAUUCGUCGGACAUUUCUAAAGGAAGAUUCGGUUCUUCAAAUCAUUUCGGUAAAAGUAGUGCCAUAGAUAAAUCAAAGAAACUAGCUGCCGUGGAAAUGAUGAAGAAGCGAACAGCAUCCAUAUUGAAUAAACUACAAAAGGCGGACAGGAAAGCUGAGUUCAAAAGAAACGAAAAGGCUGAACAGGAGAAAAUGGAAAGAGAAGAAGAAAUGAAAGUUUUGACCAUCAAAAUAAGGAAAAAGGAGAGAGAAAAAAGGCAUAAAGAGUUAGGCUAUUCUUCUUCCGGUUCCGAAAAAUCUAACAAAUCCCGCUUAUCACCUCAUUCAUCUCAUAAAUCGACAUCGCCGGAAGGAAAGGAUAAAGAAUAAUCUUUAAAAACCUCGCAAAAAAUUUUCAUCCUUUAAAAAAAAUUGUUUCUAAGUAUCCACGUGUACACAAUUUAUAUUUGUAAUAUUUAUUGUAAGAUAUAUUGUUACAAGAUUCUCCCUGAUAAAUGCGCUAAAGAACCUAGUAUUAUCAAAAUUUUAUUUUGUGUACAUAAUUUAUUUAAACCGCUAGACGCAUAUGAAAAAUAUGUAAAAGAUUGUUUUAUUUCGUUGAAAAAUUAUGCGCUAUUAAAUUGACCAAGU